AUGUACACUAAUCGGGCUGCAUCCAAACCCCCUGCCCAAGGCGGCGGUGUCGAUCAAUUGUCUUAUCUUCCUCAGGUUACACGUUGGAAAUGCCCGCAGGUUGCCAAGUGCCCGGGAAACACCGAUAUAAGAGAGAAACACGCCGAGAAGGAGUGCUUACUAGGCCCCAGAACCGCAGUCUCUAUUCGAGCUGCCCAAAGCGGCCAAAAGUACGAGAAGCAAAGCAGCAUGGUAACUUUGACAUCAAAAAUGGCGGAAGUGUUCAUGGGAUAA